AUGAUAAUGCAGAAAUUCAGUGGAUUCAUUUGUUUAAUUAUUGUAUGGAUGCUGACAGCAACAAUCUAUAUGGUGCAGAGCAAACAAAUAACUCGAACACCUGAAUGUGAUAAUGUUUACGCUACUUGUCGUGAUGAAGCUGAUCGUCGUCUUAUUGCUAAAGGUUGUCGUUAUUGUUAUCCUCAUGGCGGAUGUACUGUUAAUAACUCUGAUGAUUGUAAUAAUCUUCGUGCUGAUCUUAUCACUAAUUGUAAUGCCGCUGCUGCUCUGUGUAUCGGUAUUGGCAAAUAA